UGUUUCUGGGGAGACAAUAACCCGACUGACCAGUUGGAGGAACCCAAAACAAGCUAGGUGUGUUUUUUCAUGAUUCAUAUAAUACUGACGACGGAUUUUUAGGCUAAUAGUUAGGCUAACACAAUUACCUCUCAUCUUUUCUUUCCUCACAAAACCGAUAGAUCCUCCACUUCUUGUAAGUAUAUCCCAGCGCAAUUCUUAGCAUAUUUUGGUUCCUCCAACUGGUCCGUUGGGUUAUUGUCUCCCAGAAACACUUCCCUUGUGCUUUUGGAAAUCUGUUUUUUCCUAUUUCCGUUGUCGGUUUUCCUAUUUCCAUUGUGUUUUGUGUGCUUUUGCAGCGUUUUUUUUAUUGCUGGUGUUUUCUUAAGUUGCAGUCCGUUUGGCCUCUCAGGGCCACCGUAUAAAUAUCAAAAACAUGUGUCAGAGUAAAUCGAUAAAUUCUUCUUAAGAACGUUAACAACUUUUAAAGGGCAUCCUAAGAUUUUUAUUGGUUUACGGCCACAUAAAAAUUAGUGGCACAUGGUUUAAUAGCUGUAUUUUGGUAAAUUAAUGGGUACUAAUUAUGUUUAGCAGCUGCACCGCAUGCAUUCAAAGUGCACUGAACCGCUGUCCAUGGUGCUGGCAGCAGCUUUCUUCUGUUUUGUGUCGUUAUAGUCAGGUGCUGUCCGUUGUGCUGACUAUUCGGCCGUGUACAAAAAUAAAGAUGAAUAAUAAUAAUAAAAAAAGAUGAUUAAAAUUACAAACGAAUUUAUUAAACUGUAUAUUUCAUCCAAAAAACCGUAACUUGUGGAUUAUUCUGACAUGGAUUUUAAUUCUGUUAUAUCUUAUAUUAAAAAAAAACAUCUUCUAUUUCGGGCCAUGUAACCGAAUAUGUCACAAGAUGCCGCUAGAGACCAUGCAAAAAAAUACUGUCGUUGGUGUUUAGAAACUCCUCCUCAUUUAAUGACGAAAAGAUGAAACGUCACCAUCUGGCAUUGCUUUGUGAAAGAAGCGCACAGACGAUCAAGGCCCUAAUGAGUGAGGAUCCUUGGCGAGAGUGGAUACAUGAAGGGAUAUUUUUCAUACUGGGCGUUUCUUUCCAGGAAGUAUAAAUCAGGAUUUCAUACUUUUUGUAUAAACAGCGAUGGCUGCUCGAACACAAUGGGAUAAUAUUUGGAGCCUGUUGUUCAGCCUUCUUUGUCUCUGUGAAUGGUCCGUGGCUCAGAUAUCCUAUUCCAUUUUUGAGGAGGUGGACAAAGGCGCUGCGGUGGGAAAUCUAGCGAAGGAUUUAAAUCUCAGUGUGCAGCAGCUUCAGUCAGCGGGUCUUCAGAUUACAUAUGGGUAUAAAAAACCGUAUUUUGAUAUCAAUCUUGAAUCUGGAGUACUUUACGUUAGCGAGAGAAUAGAUCGGGAGGAGCUAUGUCCUAAUACGGUAAAGUGCUCUUUAAAUAUCGAGGCCAUAUUGAGUAACCCUCGCAGUCUUCAUCGAAUUGAAGUUGUAAUCAAUGAUAUUAAUGACAAUGCCCCGUCUUUUCAAGAAGAUAUAUCUACAAUUGAUAUGUAUGAGUCCUCAUAUGUCGGAGAAAGGCAUCCACUGCCGAUAGCGCAUGACCCAGAUGUUGGCGCUAACUCAGUGAAGACUUAUAAAUUGAACGCGAAUGAUUAUUUCUCUUUAGAUAUACAGAGUACUGGCGACCAGAGUGUGUCUGCUGAGUUGGUGCUGCAGAAAGCCUUAGAUCGAGAAAAACAAGCUGUUAUUGAACUCACUCUGACUGCGAUAGACGGAGGAAAAUCUCCCAAAACGGGGACUUUGCAAAUACAAGUUAAUGUUCUGGAUGUGAACGAUAAUUCACCCGUGUUCAGUAAAUCUCUCUACAAAGUCCAAGUAAUUGAAAAUGCAAAUAUUGGCACACCGUUACUAACAAUGACUGCGAGUGAUUUAGAUGAUGGUAUUAAUGGUCAGGUUGUGUACACAUUUACAGAAAGAGGACGUUUAAACCCUGAUGACAAAUUUUCCCUGAAUAAUAAUACUGGGGAAAUUACUGUGCGAGGAAAUAUUGAUUAUGAGGAAAACCAGGCAUUUGAGAUCCGCGUUCAAGCCCGAGACAGAGGAACUCCUCCUCGCAGUGCACAUGGCAAAGUUUUAGUUGAAGUCAUUGACGUUAAUGACAAUGCUCCAGAAAUCUCAGUGUCUUCAAUCAUGAGUUCAGUGAAAGAGGACGCUGAAAUAGGCACAGCUGUUGCUAUGGUGACUAUCACCGAUGAAGACGGGGGUAAAAAUGGCCUCACAAACUGUAAGAUAACAGGUUCUGUGCCAUUUAAAUUAAAAUCCAACUAUAAAAACUAUUAUUCUUUGCUAGUGGACGGGCUUCUUGACAGAGAGACUGUUUCCCGAUAUGAUAUAUAUAUUGUAGCUACAGAUGAAGGGACGCCCUCUCUGUCCAGCACAACUGUUAUCACUAUUCACGUUUCUGAUGUAAAUGACAACCCUCCUAAAUUCCCGAACUCUUCAAUUACUCUGUAUGUGAAAGAGAAUAGUCCGAUUGGAACUACUAUUCAUAAACUGACAACGACAGAUUUGGAUUUAAAUGAAAACGCAAAAUCAAUGUAUCAUUUAAUUAGCAGCUCUCCCAAGACCACGCAAAUGGCUUCAAUGGUAACUGUUAAUUCAGAGACAGGAGAUAUAGUCAGCCUGCAGUCUUUUAACUAUGAGGAGUUAAAAGAUUUCCAGUUUAAAGUUCAGGCCAAAGACUCUGGUGUUCCUCCGCUCAGCAGCAACGUCACUGUCAACAUUUUAAUCCUGGAUGAAAAUGAUAAUAAUCCAACAAUUCUCGCUCCUUACUCUGAGCACGGCUCCGUUAACAGUGAAAGCAUCCCCUAUUCUGCUGAAGCGGGAUACUUUGUGGCAAAGAUCAGGGCUGUAGACGCGGACUCUGGAUACAAUGCGCUGCUUUCUUUUCACCUGUCUGAGCCCAAAGGAAACAACCUGUUCAGGAUCGGAACCAGCACUGGGGAGAUCAGGACAAAGAGGAGAAUGAGUGACAAUGACUUCAAAACUCACCCCUUGGUGGUCUUGGUCUCUGAUAAUGGAGAACCCUGCCUGUCAGCUACUGUGUCUAUUGAUGUGGUGGUGGUUGAAAGCACGGCUGAAAUCCAGACUCAGUUCAGACAUGUGCCUGUAAAGGAGGACAGCUUCUCGGAAUUGAACCUGUAUCUGCUGAUUGCCAUUGUGUCGGUGUCCGUCAUCUUUCUGCUCACCCUCAUCACUUUAAUAGCAGUCAGAUGCCAUAGGACAGACGGCACUUUCAGCAGGUACAGCGCCCCCAUGAUCACUACCCACCCUGACGGGAGCUGGUCUUACUCUAAAGCUACUCAGCAGUAUGACGUGUGUUUCAGCUCAGACACACUCAAGAGUGACGUAGUUGUUUUCCCCGCACCGUUUCCACCUGUAGAUGCAGAACUGAUCAGUAUUAACGGAGGAGACACUUUUACCAGGACUCAGACUUUACCUAACAAAGAGAAGGUAGGACAUUUGUACUUGUCUUGUAAAACGUCAUCGUGCAAUCAUAAAAUUAUAGCUUCUGCAAUUUCUUGUGUAGUUGGUGUAGACAUACAUACACAUUCUGCACCUUUAGUUGAGCAUCAGUUAGGCACUAGUACACCAAGUCUUAUUCCCUGUCCUCAAGACUUCCAAACUGUUUGAAUAACCUUUGUGGCAUUAUGCUGAAGAUGAGUAGGUCACCUUAAGCUGUAGCAUCACUUUUAAGCUUUUUCAGCAUUUAAGACAGCGUCUUGUUUUUUUGUUUUGGGUUGUUUGUGGGGGUUUUUUCCUUUU